AUGGAAUCAACAAAACUUUCUUAUGCUUCGGAAUCAUUACUAAGAAUGGCUAAUGAGAUGAAAGACAUCGAAGAAGAGGAAGAAGAUACUCUUUCUUCAGGUUCAUUGAACGAAUAUCAAGCACAACUAAAUCAAUUCAGGGCCGACCAAGAAAAGACGAAAGCAGUGCUUGAAAAGAUCAAGAAAGAAGACCAAAACCAUUCAAUAAGCUAUAUGAACGAUCAAAAUGAACUUGGUGAUAAAAUACAAGAAAUUCAAAAACAAAUGGCUGAUUUAGAAGCAGAAAAACAAAGAUUACUAAACGAACACUUUAGCAGUCUUAAUGGUGUAUCUGAUAUUACUUUCUCCCGUAGUUCUUUUAUGAUGAGUAACACUCCAAUUCAGCCAAAAUCUAUCCUUAAGAAGCUAACAAAAACACCAGAAGUAUCUCAACUCGAUUCUUCAUUCGAUCAGAACGGUAAUUUAGAAAUCGCUCCUUCUCCAAUACAAAAAGAUAAGAUUUCAACAUUAAAUGCAAAAAUAUUAGAAGAAGCUUCAUACAGAGAGCAAAUAUGCCAACUCUUUAUCGAUUUUGUAGAUACAGUUAAAGAAAAAUACGGAGAAUCUACUUCUUUUGAAGAUAUUAAGUCAACACUUUCAAAAUUAUCAAAUGAAAGAUCAAAUGUUGAUGUCUAUCUAAGGAAUAUAGAUAGUAUGAUACUCAAGAUAAAGAAUGGUUCACCACAAAAGAAACAAUCAUCUCCUCAGAGACCAAAAAUUAAUAAAGAUGAUGAAAGAAUCAAAGUUUUAUCAAAGAAAUGUCAUGAAAUUGCAGAAAACGUAUUACAAGUCUUUGAUUAUACUGCUCCUUCAGAAGAAGAGAUUAUUAAUAAUCCAAAUGUCUUAAAUGAACUUUCAAACGAUAUUAAGUUGCUUGUUACCAACAAAGUAUCCGAAUAUAAUAAGACAAUCAUGAUAUUGAACGAACAGAUUAAAAAUUACCAAAGACAAACGCUUUCAAAUCAAUCUCAAGCAACAAUUAACGAUGUUAUGAAAUUGAUGAACCAAAUCAAACAAGAAACAGAGCAGAAUCAUAAAGCACUAUUCCAUUAA